GUGCGGCAGGUGCUUUUGCGGGAAGCCCGUCAUGCGCGUAUUCGACUGCCUGGGGAGGGUGGACAUUGUCAUGCUUGCUACGGUGCUGGGGUCGACCGCUUGAGUAUUGCAGAAUGGGGGAAAGCAUGGUAGAGUAUUGUUCACGUUGGGAUUGUGCCUGAAGAGUUGGAGGUAUCCGAUUGAUAGUUCGGCCGGGCAGGCGUUUUGUAAUUUGUCGCGUGGGACGUGGUGCUUUGGUGGACGUGCAAGGUGCAUAUGCGAGGUAUUGGAAUGUAUUAUGUUUGUUGACGGGUUGACCACCGACCGCCAAACCCUUGCUAGUGCCACCACUUUCCGCUUAGCGUGUACUCCACAGUCGGGUUCGUGUGUUUGCGGAUUUCAACCCGUGUUUAAGGUGGGUGAUGCAUACGGUGGUGAUCCAAUGACGUCUUUCAGGGCACACGCCCGUUGUGUACAAUUGUAGAUUCAGUUUGAGAUGGUCUGGUGUUGUUUCGCCUUGUUGGGCCCGUGGUGUGCGUGUCGGUCCCCGACGCAGCGAUGCAUGGUGUAGCGAGUGCUUCUUAGGAGCUGAAAUUUUCGAGCAUUCUUGUCCUCCUCUGCCCGUGGCUCCUGUUUCGCGUGCAUGCUGGAUUGUACUGUGAAGCGGGCCUAAACCAGGGGCUAGGCCACAACGCUUCUGGUGUGCGUAUGUUCACAUGAUAUAUUCUUCAGGGUUGUCGUUGGUGAUACAGCGGGACAUUUGCACUCGAAAAGGUGUGAAACAAAGCGUUUGCACUCAUCACGUGAAAAAAAAUGACGUGGUUAGCAAACACCGGCGUUGUUGUGAUUGUCGGAAAUGCGCCGUAAGGGUACCCAACUCAGGUUGGACAUCCACAAUAAGCCAAGAUGUCUGCUUGCUCGACUCGUCCAAAUAGUCGGUGGGCACGAAGACAACUGUUUUUCUGGGUAACGUCGACCGGAACACGUUGGAAACGGGCGCGUCCCCACCCGCGAGUGGGGGACACGGGGGGCAUCGAAAAACUUCUCGGCAUUCUUUCGGAUUGAGAUGGCACCCGAACGCGUGCCGCGUGAUGAGUAUGAGUGCCGGGCCCAAUCCGUCUUUUUACACACCGGU